AUGGAGUCAGGAUCAGGGACAUCAAAUGCGCUGGUGCGCAAGCGGUCCGACACCGCUUUGAUGCCCCCUCCUCCUCCUGCUAAAAAGAUGAAAAGGCCAAAGAAAGUCCUCGACGAGGAUACCUACACAGAAACCUUGUCUCAGAUCAUAGCUCGAGACUUCUUCCCUGGGUUGCUACAGACAGAGACACAGCAGGAAUACCUCGAUGCAUUAGAGUCAAAGGAUUCCGCCUGGAUCUCGAGUGCAGGACGAAGACUUCAACAUGUUAUGACUCCAGGACGCCAAAGCACACCUCUUCCUCCAAAGGCAACAAACUCUUUCGCUCCUGGAGACCAGACACCCUCAGCAUAUGGAGGUGAUACGCCGGCUUCUGUUUCUUCACAUAUACCCGAAUCUCGACCACGCCUAAAGUCCAACAUGAGUUUGUCCAAAUUUCAGGAGACGUAUACAAGCGAGGACAACGAGAGCUUUUACAAGCUUAUUGACAAGCAGAACCAGAAAAAGGCCGAAAAGUAUGCUUGGCUUUGGCGCGGUAACAAACUACCCUCAAAACAAAUGAUCAAACAGAAGGAGGUUGAAGAUCGAAUCGGGCAAACGCGGAGCCUCAUAGAUGACGGUUCUAAACGCGAUCGUCUUGCUAUCAAAGACAAAGACGACCGUCCGGCACGCCCAGAUACCUGGAAUGCCGAUCCUAAGAACAACUUGAUGUUCAGACCCGAUGGAGUUGAAGAUGGAGUUGUUACUGUUUCUCAGAAAGCCGAGGAAUCUUCAAAGAUGGCGCCCAAAUCGAUUGUAUACGCAAACACUAGAAUGCCUGAGCCACGCGUCAUACAACGACCACCAUCGCCCACCAUGUCUGCAGUGCGAGACGCCAUCGCAGGCAGGCCCCGGAAGAGUGAUCAAGAUUCAAGUGUUACCGGAGAGGAGACGCCAAGAGUGAAUGGUUACGCCUUUGUCGACGACGAGGAUGAUGAAGAUGAGCCGAUACUUCCUGCACCCAUCAUCAACUUGGGUCCAGGAGAUGCAACGCCAAACCCUUUCCGCCUACAGGAGCAACGCGACAGAGAGAGUCUACAUGAGCGUAUGGUGGACCGGAUAUCGCAAUCAAAGAAGGAAUCCACAAGGAAUGGACUCACAGGGAGGGUCGAUAAAACACCAGUCCCCAAAUUCCCAAGUAGCCCUCGAGUAUCUGCUGGAGGCCUGACACCAGCAGCACAGAGGCUGUGGAGCAAAAUUGGCACACCUGGACGCGGAUCAAGCGGGAGUUCAUUUGGGCAGUCUAAUAAGCCCAUGACUCCACGAGGGUCUCUUUUGAGAUCAGUUAAGAAACCUGGCUCAACAUCGGGAUCAAAGUGA